GGGCUGCGAUCCAAACAGUCUUGCACUUUUCGGAUCGUACUUGUUUCGAGUUAAAGGAAAUGCCAGGCGACAGUGUCCCACUGCAGGAUCGUCCCUGCCUUAGUCUGCAGGACUCCAUGCUGAAUCAGCCCAAGAAAAGCAACAAAUGCAAGUCUAGAGGCAUUCUUAGCGAGGGCCUGGACACUGAGUGCACCCCAACAGAUUUCAUCCUGCAGUUCACACCACCGCGCAAGCAACAGCGGCUCUUCAGCAAGGGGAAGGAGAAUGACAGCAAUCAAUUUGUUCUUGGCAGGAGAUCAAGGAGGAAAGACUCCUCACCAAACAUUUCAUGGGAUCAACUACCAGACGAGGUUGUUCUUAGGAUUUUCUUCUGCCUUCCUCUGCAGGACCUUGUCAGAAUAUCUGUAGUUUGCAAGCGCUGGCAACGUUUGGUGUUUGAUGAGUCUCUGUGGCACAGUGUGGAUCUAGAGGGGAUGACCCACACGGGUCUGGCUCUGCAGCAGGUGCUGAGGACUGGCAUCCGCAGACUGCGCUGCCAUCGCUCCUUUGUGGAAGAGUUGCACUUAACAGGCAGAGGCUCUUUGCAGGUGGUUCAGAUGGAUCUGUCAAGCUCAAUCAUACCAACGUUGGCUCUGGAAGACAUCAUCUGUCGCUGCAGACUGCUAGAAUGUCUGAGCCUGGAGGGUCUGCAGCUCUCUGACACCAUCAUCAGCUGUCUGGCAAAGAACACCCGCCUACAGGAGCUCAACCUCAGCGGCUGCUCUGCCUUCUCUGCUCCUGUGCUCGCUAGGAUGCUUAAAUCCUGUUCCCGUAUACAACAGCUGAACUUAUCAUGGUGCACCUUUGAUAAUAAUCACAUAAAGAGCGUCGUUGAUAAUCUGAGUUCCAGUGUUACACAUCUCAACCUCAGUGGUUACAGAGAGAGCCUCACCCUAAAUGAUGUGAAGGUGCUGGUGGAAAAAUGCCCGCAGAUUAAAACUCUAGAUUUGAGUGAUAGCACUCUGCUGACAGCUGACUGCUUACCUGUCCUCAAACAACUCAAGCACCUGCUGCAUCUGUCCCUGAGCCGCUGUUAUCACAUUCACCUUGCUGCUCUCACUGACGUGGGUGAGAUGUUCCCUGUGCUGAGCCAGCUGGAUGUGUUUGGGCUGGUGCAGGAUAGCCAGCUGCCCUCUCUAAAGAAGGGGAUGCCUCAUGUGAGCAUCAACUCCAGACCUUUUUCAAGCAUUGCCCGGCCCACACCGGCCAGCAAGUUUGUUGGAUCCACCAGCGACCACACCAUGUGGAACAAGAAGUGUCGACUGCGGUUUGGACUGUAACAACCAUGGCUCCUUCUUUCUUUA